UGGUUUUUCUACAACAACACUUCAGCCACCUCGGUAGCGUGCUAGCCAACAUAAAACUAAAACAUUGAAGCGCUUUAGGCCAUUGUUGUGUAUAUUAACCUCCAGUGUUUUAAACACACUGUCUGGUUACUCAAUCUAAUUUAGUAUUUACGUUAUUAGCUAUCUAGCUAAGUAACACUCGGCUAAUGCUAACUAGCUUGCUAACAUCCUCGACCAUGAGCUCACUAAGCUACUCCCUCCCUGCUAAAGAAGAGGAGGUCUGCUGGACGGAGAAAGAUGUUCUCGUGAAAGAGGAAAAGGAAGAGGAGGCUGUCACGGUUAAACAAGAACUAGAGGGUGAGGCUGUCACAGUUAAACAAGAAGUAGAGGACGAAUCUUUAAGAGUGAAAGAGGAGAUGGCAGUUUGUGGAAUGAAGGAGGAGGAGAUCACUGUUCCAUUGGAGGAGACUGGAGAUUUGAUUAACACCAGAGAAAGACCAGACUCGGAGAAACCAGAGACGUCCAAACCAGCAAGACGACACCACUGCUCCCACUGUGGAAUGAUUUUUAACCAAUUAAGGUGUCUGAAACGACAUGAGAGAAUACACACAGGGGAGAAGCCUUUCCAAUGCUUCCAGUGUGGAAAGUGUUUUUCCUUGUUAGCGAGCAUGAAAAGACAUGAGAGGAUACACACAGGAGAGAAGCCUCAUCACUGCUCCGAGUGUGGAAAGAGUUUUUUCUCAUCAGCGUGCCUGAAAAGACAUGAGAUGAUACACACAGGGGAAAAACCUUAUCACUGCUCCCAGUGUGGAAAGAGUUUUAACCGGAAAGAAUACCUGAAAGAGCAUGAGAGAAUACACACAGGAGAGAAGCGAGAUAAACCUUUCCAAUGCUCUAAGUGUGGAAAUAAUUUUUCCUUGUUAGCGAGCCUGAAAAUACAUGAUAGAAUACACACAGGGGAGAAGCCUCAUCAUUGCUCCCAGUGUGGAAAGAGUUUUAAGCUGAAAGGACAAUUGAAACAGCAUGAGAUAAUACACACAGGGGAGAAGCCAUACCACUGCUCCCAAUGUGAAAAGAGUUUUUCCUGGUUGGGUCACAUGAGAAGACAUAAGAGAGUACACAGAGGAGAUAAGGAUGUAGGCUGCUGAAAAGUAGGACAUAGAACAGACAGUUUUGAAGAGGGCACGAGAAAGGAAGAGGAGGACCGAGCAGGCCCCCAUUCUCAUCGACGGGGCUGUACAACAAAACCUAUUCCCCCUCAAGAGACUGAAAAGAUUUGGCAUGGGUCCUCAGAUCCUCAAAAGGUUCGACAGCUGCACCAUCGAGAGCAUCCUAACUGGUUGAAUCACUGCCUGGUUUGGCAACUGCUCGGCCUCCGGCCGCAAGGCACUACAGAGGGCAGUGCGUACGGCCCAGUACAUCACCGGGACCAAGCUUCUUGCCAUCCAGGACUUCUAAUCCAGGCGGUGUCAGAGGAAGGACCAAAUAAUUGUCAAAGACUCCAGCCACCCUAGUCGUAGACUGUUGUCUCUACUACCACACGGCAAGCCUUACCGGAGCGCCAAGUCUAUGUCCAAGCCAUAAGACUCCUGAACAUCUGAUGGCUACCCAGACUAUUUGCAUUGCCCCCCCCCUCCCCCUUUUUACACUGCUGCUACUCUCUGUUAUAAUCGUCCAUGCAUAUUCACUUUCAUAACUCUACGUACAUGUACAUAUUACCUUGACUAACCGGUGCCCAUGCACAUUGACUCUGUACCGGUAACCCCCUUGUAUAUGGUCUCACUAUUGUUAUUUUACUGCUGCUCUUUAAAUACUUGUUACUUUUAUUUAUUUUUCUUAUUUUACAUUUUCUUUAAAUUACUGAAAUGUUGGUUAGGGGCUCGUCAGUAAGCAUUUCACUGUAAAGUCUACACCUGUUGUAUUUGUUGCAUUUGACUAAUAAAAAUUAGAUUUGAUAUUAAAGCUGAUC